AUUGUUGCUAACCUGACCGUUCGUUCAAACAACUGGUAACAACAAAAUCAGUUUGUUUGGUCGUAAAUUGGCUGAAAUUGUUUACAAAAUGGGAAGGUAUAAAUGUGCCUACAGCUGUGAAAGCUCCAGCGAUUCAGAUAUGAAGUUUUUUAAGUUUCCACUUUACCAUCCCCGAAAACUCAAGAAAUGGCUUACCAACAUGAAGUGGAAGGACUGGACCCCGUCCCGCUUCUCUGCGCUGUGCAUCAACCAUUUCGAGGAGCAGUGCAUUGACAGAACAGGCAAAUGUGUGAAACUCAAACAAGAUGCAGUUCCCACCAUAUUUCCACCCCCUGAUGACACACAGAAAAAGGCAUCCAUCAAACCAAGAAGUAAGAGAACAAAGGCACAUGGUAAAGCCUCACAGACGAGCGCAGCUCAGUCUCUGACAACCGCCCCCGCCUCGGCAAAGCGAAACGUCCAGAGCAAAGAGACCAGCCCGGCAGAGGAAGAGCCUGCAGGAGGCAAAGACUCAAAAAAGUCUGACAAAUGGAGGAUUAUAGUUGAUGAAGGGCUGAUGAAGAUUGAGUCAUUUCCCCAUUUCUUCCAUGGAGAUUACUGUGUACCACGGGAUAUUCAGUGGGCUCCAGAUGAUAAUUUCAAUACAGAAUGUAAAGAUCCUGAAAACAUGAUAGAGGUCAAAGAGCCGUGGCAGUGGCUUGGUCUGGAUGUCAGAGGACCCCUGCCUCAAACACUGAACGGACACAAAUACAUUUUAACUGUGACAGAUUAUUAUUCCAAAUGGGUGGAGGCUGUGCCCAUGCAGUCGUGCCUCCCUCCACAUGUGGCGAAACACAUCGUAGAUAUCAUCUCCCACUUUGGAUACCCGCUCAGAAUCCUCUCCAGACUGCCUCAUGACAUAGUCCACAAAAUCAACAGAGAGCUAAAAGAUCAGCUGAAGGUCACUGUCGCUCUUGUCGUCUAUCAUCAGCAGACCGGCACUGCAGAUUUGAUCACACAGCAGCUGAUUGACAGGAUGGUCAGUGAUCUAAUAGAAGAGCAUGCAGCUGAGUGGGAUGUCUUCCUGCCUGCCAGGGUUUUCAGUCUGUGUUUCAAAGAGCACUCAAACACCAAGGAGAGGCCUUUUUCAGUGCUCUGCUGUAGAGGACUGGAGCCUGUCCAGUCCCCCAGAGGACUGAAUUACGCUUAUUCCAAACUCAGAGAGAGUGCUUUCGUGGUUAGAUAGAUGUUUGAAGUUUAUUGGGUCAGUGAAAGUAGAAACCAAACCAGUCUUUAUGAACAGACAGGAAGGAAGAAUAUUUUUGGGACAUGGAAGUGUUCUGACUCAGUCAAGGACUGUUAUGUAGAAGUGCUGGUGCACCACAGGGUGAAGGAACACAGGAACCCUGGUAGUUUGACCAGGAUGAAGACUUUGCUGGCUGGAGAUACUGGAGAUAAAACAGCAAAGAUAAACAGCAACUAACACAGGACUCAACCUCUUCAGUCUAAAAUAAGUUUUGGCUUUGACUUUUUCGCUUUUUUUUGACCCGUCAACUCAAUACAUGGCUGUUUUCAGUUGACUUUUUUGUCAUAUUUUUGAUGUCAAAUUGUAAAAUGCAAUGUAAUGACUGAGCAGUUUGGUACCAGAGAGGAAGCCAACAUCAGAUCAGCUGAGCCCAUGGAUUUCUUUUAUUACCAAAAAAGUCAUUGUUAGUCCAGACAAUCCAGGCAAUUUAAGGCUGUUUCUUUUGUCUAUGAAAACAAAAAACAUGCCAAUAAACUUGUCUUUAAAAAUAAUGAGACAGAAAUA